AUGGGCUGGAUCCCGGCCUUCAGAACGCGAAAGGAGAUUUGGCAGAGUGCCAGGCCCCAGGCAUCGGCCAACACGCUGCAAGCGCCGGGCCUUCCAGAGCAGAAGGAGCUCCAGCCGGAGGUCUUGUCCAGUUUGGCUCUGCAGCGCCUCCGAGAGCUCCCGGCGCAAGAGCCGGCGAACGGACUUCGAGGUCUCGCCGCGGCGCUGGCCUUCGACGUCUUGCAGGCCGAUGUGGCGGAAGCUUUGAGGCCGAGGUCCAGUACAUUGCAGGCUCGCGCAGUACUGGAGGUGCUCACGGGAGUCGACACAGUCAGCGGCCGCUUGCUCUGGAAGGAGCCCUCCGCCGCGGCCCGCGAGGCCACCUCGGAGCCCACGGCGCAGGGCCUCUCCAAUGCCGUGCAAAGCUCAGCCACGGUGCGCUGGCAAGGCACAGCGACGCUCGCUUCAACAAGAUGCCGCGCACAGCCGCUCUUGCCGUUGCUUUCCCCACAGGCCACAGCCAAUACGAGGCAGGGAAGCUUCUUCAGUUCUUGCGUCCACGUCGUCGCGUUGAUGCAGGCCUUGGUCACGAUUCGGAGAGAAGUGGCCCGCUUUCGGGCCCAGGAGCGCGGGGCUUGGCUCGGCGGCUUGGGCCUGCAAGGCACGGGUGAGGCGUUGCCAGAGUUCUUGGGCCAGGAAGCUGCAGGUCGCCCCCUGGACGUGCAAUCGCGAUCCAUGCUGCUGGAGGCGGCGCUGGCUUCUGCCGGGCGCUUGCGGGCGCCGACCUCACAAGGGGACGGGGGACCACUGCAGUUCCAGCGCCGCUCUGCGGGAGGUGCCGGGGCAGUGCUGACGCUCCUGGAGAACGGCGGUGAGUGA